CGCUCACCCACCCCCGCUCGCAGUGAUGGCCUACCACACCGCGCUUCUGCUGCUGCUGCUGGUGGCAGCGGUCACCCUCGCCCAGGAGCCCAGCUACAGAAGUGGCUACUUCCAGUACGCCAACGUCAAGGGACCCACCGAGUACGCCUACGGGUACCGCCGCGGCAGCCCGCACCACCACCAGACGCACCACCAGAGGAAUAAGGACCACACGUUCCAGGCCAAGGUAACCUGGGGCGACUACAGCGGAGGUCAGGGAGAGCACUACUUUGAAUACAACCACGGUCCCGAGAAAACCGCCCACGAAAAGUCGCGGGAGCAGGCGCCUCGCGCCUACGACCCUCGGCCCUACACGUCCGAGCACCUGUCAUACUAGGCCUGCGGACCUGCAAAUUGUCCGUAUUCAUCGAUGCUUGACACUGCCAGACCGUCUUUCGUGUGUAUUUUAAGUUUUCGUGCUUGUUAAGCCAGAAUGUCAUCACGAGGCUACAUGGCACAUGCAACAGCGCCACGUUGUCAUGGACUCCCCAUUACGUAACGGAAUGUCAGGGAU